UCAUCUUUUUUGUAUCCUUCGUAGUAGACCUAUAGGAUAGCAUCCGUUUAGCCUCCGACUUGCACUCUCAUAUGCUAUUACUGUGAGCUGGGUGCCCUGUGUCCUUACAUUAUACAAAAAAGAUCACGCCUGCCGGGGACGGCCGUACUUAAAUAAUAUCCCACACCGGAACGACUCAGGAGAACUACCGUUACACCAUCGACUGCGACUCAGUGACGUUUUGGAGGAGAGACCUGACGACUUCAAAUAGCCGUGAUUCCAGAGAUCUCACGGACAGCCAGUGGAUCAGGGUUUGAUUCUUCAGAACAAGCUGGUAAAGUCGCUGACGCGUUGGCGACAAAUAGGAUACGAGAUCCUUAAGAACCCCCUCAUAGCAUAGAGGAAAUUGUGGACAAGAGCGUUGAUAGCUACGAGCUACCGGAAGUCAAGCUCUUUCGUAUCGGUACCGAUACACACCCGAGGCAGUAUGUCGAAAAAGCCGACAUCAAACAUACCCCAAGACAAUGAUGGUCAACUGCCCAGAAUGACUACCAGACAAUCCACCGCUGCAGCUAUGACCGCUGUGCCAUCCGAAGACAUCCCGAGUCGAAUGGCCCACCUCGAAGCACAGGCACAGAUACAGGAGGUCAAGGAUCUACUAGUUAUCCUGUCGGCAUCCCAGACCAGAAUCCCGUCCACACUGUUACGAUAUCAAGUGCACCUUGCAGCUCGAGUGGGGGUUCAGGGGUGUGGGGAGCUUUCCGGGGUUGGAGCAAAGUUUUCAGUUGUGGAGUGA